GCCGUACCUCGGAGCUGGACAGCGAGAGGAUAAGAUUUGCAGAGGAGAAGACGGAGUGGGAUAGCAGGUACACCUCCCUGCGGCGGCAAUGUGAGUCCCUCACCUCGGAGCGCAGCCAGCUGACAUCUGAGAUUGAGGAGUUGACGGACCACGCCGCCGCCCUACGUGAUGAAGCGCAGCAGCAGCGGCAGGAAAUGGAGGAGGCCUACGAGAGUGUCACCUCAGUCCUGGAGCGCGAAAGGGAGGAUGCCAAGAAGGAGGCAGAGGCUUCAAAGACCCAGAUCCAACAGAUGCGAGCGGACUACGAGCUUCUGCUGCAGCAGAACAAGGAGGAGCUGGAAAAGGCUCGGAUGUGUAUGGGGGCCGCCAUUCUGAGGAAUUGCCAGAUAGAUAGGAACUCCAGCAGAGAUCUCCCAGGAUGCUGUCACGCACCUUACCUGGUCUGCGCACCAAAGAGUGUGUACUAG